AUGCGAAACCCUUUCGAACUGGACUUUGCCAGUGUCGACGGAGACUCUGAGCCCGCCGACGAAUCGAUUGUGAUUCAACCUGAAGAGUCGCAGGACGGCAACCGGUCCCUGCUGCAGGAUGAAUCCCGCCGUACUGACGACCUGAAGGAGCGGUUUAUCGGUACCAUCGAUCAGGGUACCACUAGCACUCGCUUCAUCAUCUUCGACUGCACGGGCGUCCCCAUCGCCCAGUACCAGACUGAGUUCCGCCAGAUCCACGAGAAUCCAGGAUGGCACGAACACGACCCCUACGAGCUUGUCGAGUCCGUCUACAUCUGUAUCGAGGAGGCGAUGAAGUCCUUCCUCGCCCUUGGCCACGCCAAAUUCGAUAUCGAGGCCAUUGGCAUCACCAGUCAACGAGAAACCAUCAUCGUCUGGGAUUGGGAGACCGGCGAGCCCCUGCACAAUGCCAUCACCUGGACCGACACCCGGACCGCGGAGCUGGUGCGCCAGCUCAAGACCAAGCCGGGCGCAGAUGACCUCGUGAAUAUCUGCGGUCUGCCUCUCUCCACAUAUCCUUCCUCGGUCACCUUGCGCUGGAUGCUCGAUAACCUCCCCGACGUUCGGUCCGCGUAUGACGAGGGCCGCGCUGCCUUUGGGACCGUCGACACCUGGCUCAUUUACAAUCUAAAUGGUGGGCCACGAAACAAGCGCCUAGUCACGGAUGUGACCAACGCAUCCCGCACCAUGUUUAUGAACCUCGAGACUCUACAGUAUGACGACCGGUUGUUGAAAUUCUUUGAUAUCGACCGCAAUAAGAUUCGGCUGCCGGAUAUCCUGCCCUCCGCUGACCGGGAGGGAUUCGGCGAAGUCGCCGAGGGGCCUUUGGAGGGUGUUCGCAUCACCAGUUGUCUAGGUGAUCAGGCGUCCGCACUGGUCGGUCACUGCGCCUUCACUCCUGGAAUGGCCAAGAACACCUAUGGCACGGGUUGCUUCCUUCUCUAUAACGUGGGCGAGAAACCCGUCAUCUCCAAACACGGCCUGCUAGGCACAGUGGGAUUCCAGCUCGGCCGAGAUCGCAAGCCCGUCUAUGCCCUGGAGGGUAGCGUAGCCGUGGCUGGCAGCGGCGUGUCAUUCCUGAUGAACAACCUGGGUUUUUUCCGGGAUUCCCGCAAGGUCAGCGACUUAGCUGCCACUGUGCCGGACAGCGGUGGUUGCGUGUUCGUGACCGCAUUUAGUGGUCUGUUUGCACCUUACUGGAUCGACGAUGCCCAGGGGACAAUUUUCGGCAUCACCCAGCACACCCAGCGUGGUCACAUCGCGCGCGCAACCAUGGAAGCAGCAUGCUUCCAAACAAAAGCCAUCCUCGAUGCCAUGGAGAUGGACAGCGGCAAGAAGCUAACGGAAUUGGCCGUGGACGGCGGCAUGAGCAAUUCCGAUAUUUGCAUGCAGACCCAAGCCGAUAUCAUCCAAAUCCCUGUCGACCGCCCAGCAAUGCAUGAGACAACCGCUCUAGGCGCCGCCAUAGCCGCCGGCUUCGCCAUCGAUGUCUGGAAGGACUUCUCGGAUCUCAAACACAUGAAUCGCGCCAACACCGCUACCUUCAAGCCGAAAAUCUCUAAAAAGGCCGGAGAGCGCAUGUACAAGACCUGGUCUAAGGCUGUGGAGAUGUCACGCGGUUGGAAGGACCGGGAGUCUCACGACGAUGAUGACGACGAUGAAUGA